UUAUUCCACCUUUUUCACCUUUCAUUGGAGCCAUCUUCCUGCCAUUCUCCCUCCUUCACUAACAACAAUGCAUGUUCUCUCCCUGUGCUUCCCUUGUCCUCUCUCUCUCUCUCUCUCUCUCUCUCUCUCCUACUUCUUCAUAGAUCUUAGAUCUCCUUUUCAUCACCUACCUUUUCCUUCUCUUUUCUCUGACUAAACAAAGACCUGUUUUUUUUUUUUCUUUUGCUGCUGCCACUGCAUUGCUGCAUCUGUGACUGUUUCAGCUUCUAAGAAACUGAGAAGAAACAGAACUUGGAAUGUAAGUGAAGUGAAAGUUAAAGUGAAUGUGAAAGUGAAGUGAAGAUCUUGUUUUCCUUCUUGUAAAGAGUGAGUUAGAGAAAGACCCAAUGAAGUCUGGAGAGGAGAAAGCAUGCUAUGAGAUUGGAUCAGCAGCACAAGAGAACCAAAGCACAACAAACUCAUACACAUUUGAAUUCCACAAAUCAAACAGAAAACUCUUGAGCUCCAGGUCCAAGCCCACACCUUCCAAAUGGGAUGACGCCCAGAAAUGGCUGGUUGGCUUAUCCACCGGCCGAGAUCACCGGAACUCCAAGAACAAUCACAACAACAACAACAACAACAACAACAACAACAAGCCUCGCAAUUCCAAUGCCGAUGACCGGAGACUUCUCAGCUCUCAAUCCCAAAAAGGCCGAGACUCUUGCAGCAGCCUUGAUGGAAUUCUUGGAGAUUAUUCUUCAGUACCCAUUGCUAAUAAUCCACAAGAUGAUGGAGAAACAAAAAAGAUAGAUUGCAAUGAGACAAUGUGGAGAAUCAACAAGCCUGUUGAUGAUGAUUCUUCUUUAACUGUUAGAUCAGUUUGUGUGCGAGAUAUGGGGACGGAGAUGACACCUAUUGCUAGUCAAGAACCAUCAAGAACCGGUACACCGUUGAGAGCUACUACACCGGUGUUAAGGAGUCCUAUGUCAUCUCGGUCGUCAACUCCGGCAAAGCGUAGGCAAGGAGGAGCUCAAGAUUAUGAUGGUUGUCGCAAUAGUAGUAAUAGUGUGGUGAAGAAUUUUGAGAGGAAGGGUAAUGGUUGGGCUUCUAAAGGCGAAGGAGAGGUCAUCGGGACCGGGGGGGAUGGUAAUGGAACGGAGCAAGUUAGGAGUAUCGACUCAUUGGAGACAAGAGCUAUGGCGUGGGAUGAAGCCGAGAAAGCUAAGUAUAUGGCAAGGUAUAAGCGAGAAGAGGUGAAGAUACAAGCUUGGGAGAACCAUCAGAAAAGAAAAGCCGAGACGGGGAUGAGGCGAAUGGAGGUGAAGGCUGAGAGGAUGAAAAUUAGAGCACAAGAAAAGCUAGCAAACAAGUUAGCAGCAACAAGGAGGAUUGCAGAGGAGAAGAGAGCAAAUGCAGAGGCUAAACUGAAUGAGAGAGCUGCAAGAACUUCAGAGAGAGCAGAUUACAUUAGGAGAACUGGUCAUCUGCCAUUCUCCUUUCUCUCCUUCAAACUUCCAUCACUUUGUGGUUAACUGCUUAAAAAGAGAACACCACCAUUUCAACUUGUUUUGAUGUAAUAUCUUCUUCUUGUAAUAUCUUUGCAAACAAUCUCUCUCAUAUGUGUUCAUUGCUUCUUUUUAGUUACCAUCUGUAAUAUUUUGUCACUGUAUUAAUCUGUUUGAUUUUUCUUUGGCUUUGUA